AUGUCCCUUCAAGAUGGCAGCCUUCUUCACGAACACACCGUGUACUCUUGGCCGCCAAGUGCUUCAUCUGCCGAGACUCAUACCCAUGCAGUCCUGCCUGCCAUUUUGUCUCCAGAUGCCAUGGACAAGCUUGAGGACCUCUUGGAUACCCACCUCUCUCUCCUAGUUGAUCAACAUUUCCGGUCCUUCCCGCCUUUCUGCUCGCCGCUUAGGGUAUUGCGUCACGUAUACGCGUAUUGGCGCUCGCUUCCUGUCACCUCUUCUUACUCACGACUACUACAGCAAGCAUUGAAGCUGCUUGUUCUGGUCCAUGUUGGCGGAGACAUCACUCUACCCCCACCCGCAAAGGAUCCUGUCCUUGAGCAAUUGGUUCGAUCAACCAUGUCGAUUCCGGAAGGAGCAGUUCCCACACCAUGCUUUAUCCGAUCGCAGUUUGGUUCCAUCAUGCCUUCUUUGGCACUCAAACUCAUGAGGGAAAUCCUACUAUCCCUCGAGCAACUCCUUCUUAACCGCGAAUUCCACGAAUGGUCCGUCGCCGUCGCUACGCUCAUCGUCGUACUCAUCACCGUGGAAAGCAUCCAAUACCACUCCGCCAAACUCCCCUACCACCACUCACACGACACACCCAUGGUACGCUCGCAGUCCAAGCAAGAGCGUGACUUCAGAGGCGAUGAGGAAGGCGUGCGGCAACUGCUGGAAUUCUACUCCGCUUGUUUCUCGGGCUGUCAUGCGAGACUGAGUCCAGACUGGCGGGGUGAUCCCGAGGCUGGGCUCAGACCGAGAAACUCGAAGAGUACGUCGCUGCCGCCCGAGGAUAAGUUCAUUGAGAAUAUCCGCGAGGCGGUGAGGACUGCGACGCCGGAGUAUUUGGAGGCGAAAGCGAGCGAGGAAAGAGCGGGUGAGGAUAUGAGCUACUUCUUCGACCGGCUUGCUGCGAGGUUGCUUGUGCUUAAGGUGAAUGAUGGGGGAGCAUCCGUGGCGCAGGAUGCGACAUGA